CAACACUGGGAAAACCUAAAAAUGGUCUAAAAGACCAUCUUGGAAUGAAGCAGUCACUUUCUUUACUCUCUGUGUUUUAUUGUUUUUCAGGAAGGGAGCUGAAAAUUAUUUCAAGUUCAUAUAAAUCAUCUUUCUUUUUGUCGAAUAGAGCAACAAGUACUCUGUUCACUCUAGCAGAUGAACUUUUGCCCAGGACCUGUCGGCAUAUAUUCUCUUUCCAGAUUUAUGAGGAAUCCAAGAUGAAUUUGGAGCAGGAGAGGCCGUUUGUCUGCAGUGCCCCAGGCUGCUCCCAGCGCUUCCCAACAGAAGACCAUCUGAUGAUUCAUAGGCACAAGCAUGAGAUGACUUUGAAGUUCCCCUCAAUAAAAACAGACAAUAUGUUAUCAGAUCAGACUCCGACCCCAACAAGAUUCCUGAAGAACUGCGAGGAGGUGGGCCUCUUCAGCGAGCUGGACUGCUCCUUUGAGCAUGAGUUCAGGAAGGCUCAGGAGGAGGAGAGCAGCAAGCGGAAUAUCCCGAUGCAUAAUACAGUUGGUGGGGCCAUGACGGGGCCUGGAGCUCACCAGCUUGGCAGCACCCGGAUGCCCAACCACGACACCAGCGUUGUGAUUCAGCAAGCCAUGCCAUCGCCCCAGUCCAGCUCUGUCAUCACACAGGCGCCUUCUACCAACCGCCAGAUCGGGCCUGUCCCAGGCUCUCUAUCUUCUCUGCUACAUCUCCACAACAGACAGAGACAGCCCAUGCCAGCCUCCAUGCCUGGGACCCUGCCCAACCCUACAAUGCCGGGAUCUUCUGCCGUCUUGAUGCCAAUGGAGAGACAAAUGUCAGUGAACUCCAGCAUCAUGGGAAUGCAAGGUCCAAAUCUCAGUAACCCCUGUGCUUCUCCCCAAGUCCAGCCAAUGCAUUCAGAAGCCAAAAUGAGGUUGAAGGCCGCAUUGACCCACCACCCUGCCGCCAUGUCAAACGGGAAUAUGAACACCAUGGGACACAUGAUGGAAAUGAUGGGCUCCCGGCAGGACCAGACGCCGCACCACCACAUGCACUCACACCCGCAUCAGCACCAGACGCUGCCAGCCCACCACCCCUACCCGCACCAGCACCAACACCCAGCCCACCACGCUCACCCUCAGCCCCACCACCAGCAGAACCACCCACACCACCACUCCCACUCCCACCUUCACGCACACCCAGCACAUCACCAGACCUCGCCGCACCCGCCCCUGCACACCGGCAGCCAAACACAGGUUUCACCAGCCACGCAACAGAUGCAGCCAACCCAGACAAUACAGCCGCCCCAACCCACAGGGGGACGCCGGCGAAGGGUGGUGGAUGAAGAUCCUGAUGAAAGGCGGCGGAAAUUUCUGGAACGGAACCGGGCCGCUGCCACCCGCUGCAGACAGAAGAGGAAGGUCUGGGUGAUGUCACUGGAAAAGAAAGCAGAAGAACUCACCCAGACAAACAUGCAGCUUCAGAAUGAAGUGUCCAUGCUGAAAAAUGAGGUGGCCCAGCUGAAACAGUUAUUGUUAACGCAUAAAGACUGCCCAAUAACAGCUAUGCAGAAAGAAUCACAAGGAUAUUUAAGUCCUGAAAGUAGUCCUCCUGCAAGUCCUGUCCCAGCUUGCUCACAGCAGCAGGUCAUCCAGCAUAACACCAUCACUACUUCCUCGUCCGUCAGUGAGGUGGUGGGAAGCUCCACCCUCAGUCAGCUCACUACUCACCGAACAGACCUGAAUCCAAUCCUUUAAAAUGCACGGGUCAGACCUUGCCUCCAAGAAGAGCUGUAGCAUACCAUGCAUCCUUUCUCCUAAGGGCAUUUUUAGAAUUAACUCAGAGCUGGAAGACUCCUCAGCCCUUCAAAGACUGGCUUUCAUUUUUAUAGUUAUUAUGGAAAUGUUGUCUUUUAUACUUAGUUAUAUAAGAAAAAAAGGGAGUUAUGCAAUUAAUAUCUGUCAGCUUGGGAAACGCUUUGGUGCUUUUCUCCAAUUUUCUGGUACCAGUUACUUGUUUAUAAACGGAACCUCUUCUGUAUAUAGCCAUGGUUUCCUUCUUUUCAGUCCAGCCCUUUGUCUGAAACAAUGAAUCUUGUUAAAACACAGCUUUUAGCCAAAAUGAGGCAUACCUAGAUGUCAAGUGAGAUCGAUCCAAGGUAACCGGGUAGGAAAUCUGAUGACGUCAUAACUCAUGUUGAACUUGCGCUUUGAUGUCACCAGGAUCCCAGAUUAAACACACAGCCUUUCCGACAACUGUUUCUCUCUUACCAGAAAAAAUUAUAAGAUCCAUCCAUGUCCUAAUAAAACCACCAAGCACCCCCCUCCUCUCCUCCCCUUCUGGUCCACUUGCUCAAAUGCCCAAUUUCCCUCCCUCUCCAUUUCCACUUUAUCUUGGGCUCCCUGUCUACUCUUCAUUUUAAUUUUCUUCUAUUUUAUUUUUUCCCCUUUAGCAUUGCAUGUGAAGAAGAAAAUAAUAUUUAAAGAAAAGAAAAAGCAAACCUCAAAAAUGUGGACCUAGCCAUUGCUUCUCUUACCUGUAACCCACAGCUGAAGUUCAUUCAAUUCUCACUUUUCACAAUAUAGUAACCAGGAGAUGUUUAAUGUGCCUGAUUUAAGGUUUUUAAUAAUCAGAGCAAAUAAAAGGUGGUUUGGUUAUAGGUGAAGCACUGUUGAAUGCCAGCUGUGGAGACAGUAGGAAAGGGAACUUUGUAAGCCCCGAUUGUGAAAGUCCAAAUUAUGAUGCGGGGCUAUAACAUCACACCCUUGAAUUACAACUGGUUUUAUACAGCCUGUCUAUAAUGUUGAAAAUCCAUGUACUAUAUAAUAAUUCAGAAGGGCUCUAUUCACUACACAGAUUACAUUGUUCAAUCAUCAGCUCCUAAUAGCCUAAGAUUUAUUAUUAUUUUUUUUUUCUUAAGCCUACAGAGCCAGCUCUGCUGUUCUGGUGGGUGAAAGCAGACUAACUCCUGGAGAAACGAAGAGAAAGCAAGUCCAGUGUUUCCCUGGGUUGCUUUCAGCUCCCAGAACAGUCACAGCGCUCCAUGGCUGCUGAGGGAAUCCCAUGGAUAUGUGUGGCACAGGCUGCUCACUCCGCUCUUCUGAAUAAUUCUGAUUUAUAUGUUCAACCACUUAUGUGAACUUGCCCAUUAUAAAAAAACAGAUAGGACCCAAACCACAGUCGUGCCUCCUUGGAACAAGCCAUUCUACUGUGCUAAUGUUUUAAUAUUGCAUUUCACAAAUAAUAGGGGCUAGUGUUUCUCUCUAGCAGUCUAGGCAGGUGCUGGUGUUUCAUCUCCAUUUGAAUGCUUGACCUCUGUGUGUGUGUGUGUGUGUGUGUGUGUGUGUGUGUGUGUGUAUGGGUUGUAAAACAACAGUAUUUUACAAAAAAGUGUCACUUUUAUAAGAGUUCAGAAAAGGGAAGGAUGUGGCUUUUUCUCUCAUCAUAGUGUAAGAAUCUAUUUUGGAGAAAAAAAAAGGGAGAAAAUAUGAGGGCCAUGAAGCAUGAUUUUUAUAACUAGUUUCAGUUUUAUCUAAUAACUUACUUUUUAAAUCAAUAUUUAUCAGCAAUCUUUCCAUGUAUGCAGUGCUUUUGAAAGAUGGUUUUGAGUGUUCAGUACAACUUAGGACUUGGCUAUAUGGUCUAAGAA